AUGUCGGAAGCAGAUUCCGCCACGCGGAUGCAGGUCGACGACUCGGCGACGACGGCGAGUGACAUCGAUGAGUCGCUCUACAGCCGACAGCUCUACGUUCUUGGCCACGAGGCCAUGAAGCGUAUGGGUGCCUCCAACGUCCUCCUCGUCGGUCUCAAGGGUCUCGGUGUCGAGAUCGCCAAGAACGUUGCUCUUGCUGGUGUCAAGAGCCUCGCUCUUUAUGAUCCUGCGCCGGUUGAAAUCGCCGAUCUUUCCUCACAGUUCUUCCUCCGGGCCGACGAGGUUGGGAGACCACGCGAUGAGGUCACCACCCCCCGAGUCGCCGAGCUCAAUGUCUACACUCCUGUCUCCAUACACAAGUCCGAUAGCCUUGUCUCCGACCUGUCACAGCUUGAUAAGUAUCAAGUCGUCGUCCUGACAAACACGGCGCUUGAAGACCAGAUUACCAUCGGUGAAUACUGCCACAAGAAGGGCAUCUACUUCAUCAGUGCCGAGACCUACGGUCUUUUCGCAUCCAUCUUUUGCGAUUUCGGAGAGAAGUUCACCGUCGGCGAUGCUACUGGUGAAUCCCCCCACUCCGGCAUCGUCGUUAACAUCGACGAGACCGGCUUGGUGUCCGCUCUUGACGAGACCCGACAUGGCCUCGAAGACGGCGACUAUGUCACCUUUACAGAGAUCGAGGGCAUGCCCGACCUGAAUAACUGUGCCCCCCGAAAGGUCACCGUCCGAGGUCCUUACAACUUCUCUAUUGGCGAUGUGUCUGGCCUUGGCGAGUACGAGAAGGGUGGUCUCUGGCAACAGGUCAAGAUGCCCAAGAUUGUCGGCUUCAAGAGCAUCGCCGAGGCUCAGAAGGACCCUGAAUUCGUCAUCUCGGACUUUGCCAAGUUCGAUCGCCCUCACCAGCUCCACAUCGCCUUCCAGGCGCUCCACAAGUUCCGAAAGAUCAACCAGCGCCUGCCUCGACCUUUAGAUGACCAAGAUGCGGCCGAGUUCAUCAAGCUUGCCCAGGAGGGCUUCAAGGACGCCGGGUUCGAGGGUGACAUUAAUGAAGACCUCCUGAAGGAGCUAAGUUACCAGGCUACCGGUGACCUCAACCCCAUGGCGGCCUUUAUUGGUGGUAUCACUGCGCAGGAGAUUCUCAAGGCCGUGUCCGGAAAGUUCCAUCCCCUCAAGCAGUGGUUCUACUUCGACUCCCUUGAAUCUCUGCCAACCGGCGUCGAGCGCACGGCUGAGAACUGCAAGCCGAUCGGCUCGCGGUACGAUGGCCAGAUUGCCGUUUUUGGUAAGGAUUUCCAGGACAAGAUCGCAAACACCAAGCAGUUCCUCGUCGGUGCCGGCGCUAUUGGUUGCGAGAUGCUGAAGAACUGGGCUAUGAUUGGCUUGGGGACCGGGCCGAAGGGCGGUAUCGUUAUUACCGAUAUGGACUCGAUCGAGCGCAGCAACCUUAACCGCCAGUUCCUCUUCCGCGCGCACAACGUCGGCCAGAUGAAGAGUGACUCCGCCGCUCAGGCUGUCCAAGUCAUGAAUCCCGACCUCGAGGGCCACAUCAAGUCCCGAAAGGAUCCCGUCGGAAAGGAUACUGAACAUAUCUUUAACGAGCAGUUCUGGAAGGAACUUGAUGGUGUGACCAAUGCCUUGGAUAAUGUUGCAUCCCGACAAUACGUGGAUCAACGCUGUGUCUUCUUCCAUAAGCCCCUUCUCGAGAGCGGUACGCUAGGAACAAAGGGCAAUACCCAAGUUGUGAUUCCCCUCGUCACCGAGUCUUACUCGUCGUCUCACGACCCGCCCGAGAAGGAAUUCCCUAUGUGCCUGGUCCGAAGCUUCCCAUAUCGCAUUGAGCAUACCAUCGCCUGGGCGAAGGAGCAUAUCUUUGAGCCUAACUUUGUCCAGGGUCCUCUGACCGUCAACAACUACCUUACUCAGCCCAACUUUAUCCAAAACUCUCUCAAGCAAGGUGGAAACCAGCUUCAAGUGUUGAGGACUGUCCGGGACAACCUCACGACGGAUAGGCCUCGGACAUUCGAGGACUGCAUCGCGUGGGCGAGGUUGCUGUUCGAAAAGCUGUUCGUGAACGACAUUCAACAGCUCCUCUACAACUUCCCCAAGGACGCUACCACCUCUGGCGGCACUCCCUUCUGGUCCGCGCCCAAGCGUGCUCCUGAUCCGCUCAAGUUCGACCCUUCUAACCCCACGCACUCCGGCUUCAUCGAGGCCGCGGCGAAUCUCCACGCUUUCAACUAUAACAUCAAGUCUCCCGGCAACAACAAGGACCUUUACGUUCGGGAGCUGGAUAACGUUAUCGUUCCCGACUUCGUCCCGGAUGCUAACGUCAAGAUCCAGGCGAACGACAGCGAACCUGACCCAAGCACCGAGAGCGGUUUUGAUGACGAGGGUGAAAUACAAAAGAUCAUCUCUGCCAUCCCGGCCGCGAGCGAGCUCUCUGGCUUCCAGUUGGUGCCUGUCGAGUUCGAGAAGGACGAUGAUACGAACUACCAUAUCGAUUUCAUCACUGCCUGCAGUAACCUCCGCGCCGAGAACUACAAGAUCGAGCAGGCGGACCGGCACAAGACCAAGUUCAUCGCCGGAAAGAUUAUCCCCGCCAUCGCCACGACCACCGCGUUGGUGACGGGUCUCGUCGUCCUCGAGCUUUACAAGAUCAUCGACGGCAGGACGAAGCUUGAGGACUACCGAAACGGCUUCAUCAACCUCGCGCUGCCCUUCUUCGGCUUCAGCGAGCCGAUCCAGAGCGGCAAGGUCGUGUACAAGGGACCCGAUGGCGAGGUCACCCUCGACAAGAUCUGGGACCGAUUCGAGCUCUCGGACGUGACGCUUCAGGAACUCAUCGAUCACUUUGACAAGAAGGGUCUCACUAUUACCAUGCUUAGCUCAGGCGUGAGCCUCCUUUACGCGGCGUUCAUGCCGCAGGCCAAGAUCAAGGAUAAGCUGCCGAUGAAGCUCAGCCAGCUGGUCGAGACCGUCUCGAAGAAGAAGAUCCCCGACCAUCAGAAGGAGGUCAUCUUCGAGGUUGUCGUCGACGACAUGGAUGGCAACGAUGUCGAGGUUCCUUAUGUCAAGGUGACCCUUGACAAGUGA